AUGUCUGCCUCUCGAGUCCUCGAAAAAGGUCCUCCAGAUGUCAAGUCGACCAGUAGCAGUGUCAUCACGGACCAGGAGCAGGGGGUCUCCGACUCGCUCGCCUCUGGAUCCCAGCAUCUGCAGCGGAAGCUUGGGGUGAAGGAGGUUCAACUCUUUGCCCUCUCUGCUGCCAUCGGCACAUCCAUCUUCGUGUCAAUAGGAACCGCUUUGCCCAAAGCGGGGCCGGCAGGCCUCUUUCUGGGAUUUGCCAUCUGGGGUGCAUGCGUGCUCUGUGUCAAUGAAUGCUACGGGGAAAUGGUGUCGUAUAUGCCUGUCCCCAGUGCCACCAUCACCUUUGCUUCGAAGUGGGUGGAUGGUGCAUUAGGGUUCGCCAUGGGCUGGAAUUACUUCUUGAACAUGGCCCUUCUCGUUCCAUUUGAGAUCGUCGCCUUGAGUCUGAUGAUCGGCUAUUGGACGGACGUGAUGCCGGCUGCUGCAGUGGUGGUUAUCAUGAUGGUGAUCUACCUCAUUCUCAAUGUGGUCUCCGUCAGUUGGUUCGGCGCUGCAGAGUUCUAUAUCGGAAUCUUCAAAGUCCUGCUCGCGCUCGGCCUCACGUUCUACACCUUCAUCACGAUGGUCGGCGGCAAUCCCCAACAUGACGCUUACGGAUUCAGACAUUGGAAUCAGCCUGGGGCAUUUGCCGAGUAUCUUGUCAGCGGAUCAAGUGGCAAGUUCUGCGGCGUGAUAGCGGCUAUGGUUCAGGCAGGCUUCACUUUCUGCGGACCGGAGUAUCUGAGCAUGGUUGCCGCCGAAACCCAUAACCCCCGGAAAGUCAUCCGCCGCGCCUACAAGACCUUCCUCGUCCGCGUUCUGCUCUUCUUCGUCGGAGGCGCUCUCUGCGUCGGCAUCGUCCUGCCAUACAAUGACCCUACACUUGCGCGUCUUCUCGGAGAAGGAAUCUCGACGGGCGCGGCCUCUCCGUACGUGAUCUCGAUGCAGAAUCUGGGGAUUGCCGGACUGGGCAGCGUGGUCAACGCGGGAAUCAUGAUCUCGCUGGUCAGUGCUGGAAAUGCGCUGCUCUUUUCAGCGACACGGACGUUGCAUGGCAUGGCGACGGACGGCAAGGCGCCACGGUUCUUUGCUCAUUGCACGAAGAACGGAAUUCCGAUCUGGGCUCUGUUUGCCUCGUUGUCGGUUUGUCUUCUCGCUCUCUUGCAAGUUUCGGAAAGCUCGGCCAAGGUGAUGAACUACCUUGUGAUCCUCAUUACGGCAAAUCAGCUACUCAAUCACUUCUCCGUGAGCCUGACAUACAUUCACUUCUACCGCGCGAUGAAGGCUCAGGGUGUCGACCGGAAUACGCUUCCCUACAAGGGCAGAUUCCAGCCCUACACCUCGUACAUCGCAGUCACCAGCACUGUCCUUCUCACGCUGCUCUUGGGCUUCGAUGUGUUUGUAGACAUGCCCAACAAUUGGAGCAUCAAGUAUUUCUUCCUGAAUUAUUCGAUGCUGGCGUUCUACGUGGUGAUGUUCCUGGGAUGGAAAAUCUUCAAGAAGACCAAGUAUCUGAAGCCGAUGGAAGUGGAUCUAGGACUCGGAGAGGCCAAGAAUGAGAUCGAGGCGUAUGAGAUGAUGCUGGAGGAGAAGCCGGUUGGAAGAUUUGAAAAGAUUCUGCUGAAGGUUGUGCCAAUGUGA